AUGUCACAUAAAGGACAUGAUACAAUGUAUUACACAGAUAUGAACGGAAAAAAGCAUCCGGAUCCAUACGUUGGUGUCACAACGAUUUAUAUUUUAAAUGAAGAUGGAACAAGAAUAUUCUUUGCUGAUCCAUGGUUACAAAACAAAUUUGAUAAUGAAUUAACAACACCAGAAGAUGGACAAUUUAAAGCUGAAACAUUAGCAGCUAGUGCAUCGACAGUAUUUCUUAUUCAAAGAGCAAGAAAUGAAUACGGAAAAGAAGUCAAUAAAAUAUUUACACGAUUUGCUGAUUUUGAUUCUAUUGGAUCAAAUCCAGCAUUAAGAGCUACAUAUAAUCAAAAUAAUAUUAUUCCAUUAAUUCGAAUUAUUCCUAGUGAGGAUUGGAUUGAACAACCUUCGAUACUUUUAGAUGAAAAAGCUCGUUUAACUAAAAAUAUUUCUAUUCUUCAAAUAGGCUGGGGACAAAAUAAUCGGCAAUUAAGAGUUCAAGGACAAAAUCAUUUAGGACAAAAUGGAUAUUUUUUUAAAAAUAUAUAUCAUGCAAAAUGGAAUUUUCAAGUUAUUGACAAUAUGAUUAUUGAUGAAGAUGAAUUUUUAUCAGAAUCAGUUUCUCACACUGGUUUUGAACGAGGUCCACAAAUAGCAUUUCAUUAUGAAAAUGGUUCUUUACAACCAACUGUAAUAUCUCCACUACAAAAAAUUACAUUAGAAAAAUUUUCUCAUCGAGGUCUCAAUGAAAGAGGUUUACAUACAAAAUUAGUCAUAGUUUUAAAUAAUGGAUUUAAAUUAGCAAUUCCAUUAUAUGCUCGAAGAGGUUGGAAAAGUUUACUUGGAAUUUCUCAUGAAAAUACUUGGAAAUUAGUUAUUCCUUUGGAAUAUUUUUCCCAAAAUGAUCUUUAUCUUAAAGAAAUUUUGGAAAAAUUUUUUUAUAAUAGAUCAAGACAUUCCGUUUAUGUUUAUGAAAGGAAAGAUCAAAUAUUAAUCACAAAUGUUUAUUUCAGUCGAUGUAAAUUUCAAUUCGUUUUUAAACAUAAAUCGAACUGA